AUGGCGUCAAGAGAAGUAUCAACGAUGAUCAAACAAGGGUUUAUCUCUGAUCCUCCUCUCUCUUUCUCUCCUUCAAGAACCACGUCUCUCUCCAAACCCCCCAUUUCCUCUCCUCCUCCAUCGCCGAACGAUUCCACUCGGUCGCGUCGCUCAAACCCGACCCUUCUCGACAUGAUCUCCGACGAGCACAACCGCGAGACCAGAAGAUACCAAGACGAGCCUCGGAGGAAAUACCACGCCGCGUGGCCAAGAUCCUGGCGGAUUUCAAGAACGGCGUGGGACCUGGCGACGCGAAGCUGA